AUGUGGGGCCGGCGCGGACCGAGAAGCAGGGUGCUGCUGCUGCAGCAGCUGCUGCUGCAGCAGCUGCUGCUGCAGGCGUUGCUGCUGCCGCUGACGCCGCUGUGUCUGUCGCUGACAGCAGCAGCAGCAGCAGCAGCAGAGGGCGCAGCAGCAGCGCAGCAGCCCGCAGCGGCCCCGGGCGCGGAAGACGCCGCUGCUGCAGUCGCCGUGCAGCAGCCCCCCGCAGCAGCAGCAGCAGCAGCAGCAGCAGCAGCAGCAGCAGCAGAACUGAGCAGCCGCAGCUCAGCAGCAGGAGAGUGGGGCCCCUCCCCGCUGCUGCUGAUGAUGCGGCAGGCGAAGCAGCAGCGGCAGCAGCAAAGACACAAGAAGGGCCUCUCAGCUGUCUGUACAGCUAAUGCUCUUUUAGCUCUUCUUUCCACUUUUCUUGUUUUCAUUUAUGUCGCCAGAGCCCGCGCCAGGCGCUACACCCCAGACGAGCUGACUUUGAAGAUGUCUCGUCAGGCGCGUUGGUUCAAACCAAAACAAGCAGCCUAUUCUGCUGCCGACGGCCACGUCUAUCUCGUCACUCUCGACUUCCGAGGCCUGGAGCGCGUGGUGCUGCCCAAGAGGUACUCUCAGCAGGAAAAGGAGAACCUGAUUGGUUUAUUUGAAAGAGCUCUUUUGUACUUCGAGGGAGUUCCCCCCCAGGAGACGAGCGAGUAUCUCAUCGAGAGCUGGAGCCCCUCAGACAAGAUUCCGCCUAUUGACAUUCACAUAGUGCGGUUGCCCAAGGGGCAGAACGUGGGCCGGCAUUAG